UUUCUGUCAUCAGCCAAUGAAAACGUCCAGGCGUGUGACGUUUAUGUUACCCCCUGCUUGCACUAGUGCAAAAAGUUCAGCUAAAAAGAACAAUCCUAAUCAAGCAGAUCAAGCCUAAUUUCAGUAAAUUUCCUGCACGAUUGCGUAAUGACAAUACAAAUAAUUUUGCGAACGACCUCGUUAGAACAAAGAUAUGCAUUAUAGAUCAUUGGCCGCGCAUAAUGCCGCUUGUAAUGAGAUAUUUCGUCGAUUUCAGGAUUGUGAAAACGAGCAUCCAUACCGAAGAUUUUUGGGUUAUUGCGACCAUAUCCAGCGAGAGAUGAAUAAAUGUAUAAAGGAACAAAGAGAAAUUCGCAGAACAGAAAGCGCGCAGCUCCAACGUAAGAGGUUAGGGACGAGAGAACCGGCACAGCAGGGAAACUAGCAAUUUUGUCCAUUAGUCGUACAUCGAAUAAUUCAACUGAUAAUUCGAUCAUUCGAAGAUUAUUGGAUUCUAUUUUUGUGUUAUGUGUUACUUAUGAUAAUUGUAGGUUAAAGCUUACUAGUUUGUAUAUAAAAGUGCUACUCUAGAACUUUCAAAUAAAGAUGAAUUUGAUAUCGGAAGCUGAUGAGCCAGAAAUCAAACGACUGAAAUCUGAAAACGAUCAUGAAAAGAAAUCGUGCGAUCAAAAGGAAAUAGGCAUGGUUGGUUACUAUCCACCCAUGGAAGAAGACAAUGUACAAGAAGAUAUUCCUGAUGUGAGAGAAAUUUCUCCUCAACGAGAGAGAGAAAAGCGCAAGAGAUUAGCGGACAGUGAUAACGAGGCGUCGGCGAUUGUCGAUAGCGACGACGAAUUGUUUACAUUUCCUCCUGACGAGGAUAUUUCCGACAUGUUGGACGAGGUGCAAUAUAGUGGUUAUUUUCCCACAGUUACCGAUCGCUACUUUACUCCUUAUUACAAGGUGGAUGUGCAAUCACUUGGUGACGAUAUGUGUAUAUGGAUUCAUAGUAAUCGCAUUUGUAUGCUAUCUUUGGCGCCCAGCCAUGUCAUCUUGCGAGAUAACAAAGACAUAAAAAAGGUCGACUUCAAGAUUAGCGAUAAAUUAGAUAGAUCCCUAAACAAAGUUUCGGGAAAGGGUAAGCAUGGUGCGCAACCAUUGCAGACUAAUUCGAAUAUCUGUACUAUAUCAUGUUCGAAUGAACAUACGUAUGUCAUCAAGUGCUGUAUUAUAGGAAAAUUAGUGGAAGUUAACGAGGCGUUGUUGGAAGAUCCACAACUUCUCAAAGAAUCGCCACAUAAAGGUGGAUACUUGGCUAUAGUAUUACCAAAUCUAAAACUUUUGGAAAGUUUGAAACAAUCUUUGUUGACUCAUGAUCAAUACACCGAACUUAUAAAGAAAAAAGAAGGGAAGCAGUGACACACGGAAUAAAAAGAAUUUUUAUCUAGUUAAGAAACAAUUGAAUGAAGAAUUUUAUAAUAGGGAGAAUAAUUUAUAAGGAUUAAAUGAUUAGAUUUGAAAUUAAGAUGUUAGACAAAUAAAAAUUCUGCAUUAAUUUGAUUUUCUUAUGUAUGAUUUUCUUAUUAUAAAUACAAGAAAUUUUGUUAUAUAAUAAAUGAUUUGAGGGGAGCAAUGAUUUAGAUUUAGAAUGCUACAAAAGAGUGACUUUUGCGAAUUUUUUAAUAAGUCUUUUUAAAACUUCAGGAAUAUUUGAUACUAUGUAAUAAAUUUUAUUUAAAAGAAUUCAAGGUAAUGAUGUCAUAAUAAAUCAGUAAUUGAAACGCCUUGCUACUAAAGUUAUGAAAGGGAAAAAUAACUUAUAAUUUCUGUUUGAAACAAAAAAUUAAAAAUUAUUUUUAAUUUUCAUAUAAUUGUAGUCAUAAGUAUAGUUGAUGAACUAGAAACUAAACUGUGAAAUUGUAAAAUUUUUAUAACUUCAAAGAAAAAAAUGACGAUUUUGACGUUACAAGUUUCACUUUAUGCAAUAAAAAAAGUGUUUAAAUUUAUUUUUUUUACAAAUAUUUUUAUUUCAUUUAGGAUAAUUGACAAUAAUUUAAAUAAAGAAUUUUGAAUGAAGUCGAAUGGUGAAAUACAGUUUUUUUUAAAUCUUUCCCAUCAAUUUGGAAAAACUGCUCGUAUACCUAUGCGAUUACAGACUUCUAUAUAUAAAAGUCUGUAUAUGCGAUGCUUAGCCAUGCUUGGUUAUAUUUCGGGCUAUAACUUCCAAAUACUUUGAAUUGUAUUCUGAAUUUUUAAGGAGUAUAUUUUCUAAAAGUUUUACUAUCGAUUAAAACAAAAAAAAA